AUGGCCGCGCGCCCCGGGCCGCUGUGGCUCGUGGGUCUGGCGCUGUGCGCGCUGAGCGGUGGUGGUCCCGGCCCGCGCCCCCCGGCCGGCUGCCCGGUCCGCCGCCUGGGCCCGCGCGAGCGCCGCGACAUGCAGCGCGAGAUCCUGGCGGUGCUGGGGCUGCCCGGGCGGCCCCGGCCCCGCGCGCCCCCCGCCGCCGCCCGGCUGCCCGCGUCGGCGCCGCUCUUCAUGCUGGACCUGUACCACGCCAUGGCCGACGACGACGACGAGGACGGCGGUCCCCCGGAGUGGUCCCCGGGCCGCGCCGACCUGGUCAUGAGCUUCGUCAACAUGGUGGAGCGUGACCGCACCCUGGGCUACCAGGAGCCCCACUGGAAGGAGUUCCGCUUCGACCUGACCCAGAUCCCAGAGGGCGAGGCAGUCACAGCCGCCGAGUUCCGGAUUUACAAGUUGGCCAGCGCCCACCUGCUCAACAGGACCCUGCACGUCAGCAUGUUCCAGGUGGUCAGGGAGCAGUCCAACAGGGAGUCUGACUUGUUGUUUUUGGAUCUUCAGACGCUCCGAGCUGGGGACGAGGGCUGGCUGGUGCUGGACGUGACAGCAGCCAGUGACCGCUGGUUGCUGAGCCGGAACAAGGACCUGGCGCUCCGACUCUAUGUGGAAACGGACGACGGGCACAGCGUGGAUCCUGGCCUGGCCGGUCUGCUGGGGCGACAGGCGCCACGCUCCAAGCAGCCUUUCCUGGUCACCUUUUUCAGGGAAAACCCCAGUCCCAUCCGAGCCCCUCGGGCAGCCAGGCCCCUGAAGAGGAGGCUGCCGAAGAAAACCAACGAGCUGCCACAUGCAAACAGACUUCCAGGGAUUUUUGACGAUGUUCACGGCGCCCACGGCCGGCAGGUUUGCCGGCGGCAUGAGCUCUACGUCAGCUUCCAGGACCUCGGCUGGCUGGACUGGGUCAUUGCUCCCCAAGGCUACUCGGCCUAUUACUGUGAGGGGGAGUGCUCGUUCCCACUGGAUUCGUGCAUGAACGCCACCAACCACGCCAUCCUGCAGUCCCUGGUGCACCUGAUGAAGCCAGAUGCAGUCCCCAAGGCGUGCUGUGCCCCCACCAAGCUGAGCGCCACCUCUGUGCUCUACUACGACAGCAGCAACAAUGUCAUCCUGCGCAAGCACCGCAACAUGGUGGUCCGGGCCUGCGGCUGCCACUGAGGACAAUGCCCGCCGCGGGGGGACCCUCUUCCGCCCAGGACAGGCCCCUCUCCAGAGCCAGGAAACCCUCAAACCUCGCCAGACUUCCGGCGGGUUGGCCCUCACAGAUCAAUGUAUCUGUGUUCCUCUCUCCUUCCUGCCAAGGCUGGAUCUUCUCCAGGCCCCGCUGCCCCCUUCCCUGCCUGAGGUUUGUGACAGUCUCUUGGCCUCCAGGCCUGGUGGUCUGAGGCAUCAAGCAGGUUCUCUCCCAGCCGCCUCCUCCAAAAGCAGGUGCUGCCCAACAUUUUGCAUUUAGAACAAAAGUCUGAGGACCUAUUCUUAUCCAUUGCUGGCCCAGGCUUCGGGUAAUAUGGGGUGAACUGAGAAGCACCUGGGGCCCCAAAUGGCUACCUCGGGUUCUUCACGGUUCAUUUCAGGGCAUGGAUAUGUGUAGACAUGGUCUAGUCCACCUCCGGUUGCCUGCCCCUCCCAGGCAUUUUCUGGGCACUUUUGUUAGAAUGUGGACUUGCCCUCAUUGUUGUGUCUUGUUGUGGAUCUGAAUGAUCAGCCUGCUGGGAGGCAUGUGGGUCAACUCAAGAAUGAGCUGGAUGAACAACAUGAUGUAGGGCAAAGGCCAAUGGCAUCUGUCUCCCCCCAUCCCCUGCCUUGAUCUGCCUCUGCUGUCUGGGGAAGAAGUGCCAGGCAUGGACAUUUGACCUUUGUAGAAACAAAAAAUUUGGAGGGCCUCAUUCGCCUGUCAUCACAUUGAAUCAUGAGGAGCUCAGCUCCCUGGAAAAGUUACCUUUUUAUUGAACCUAGCAGGUAGAUACAUUGGGUGGUCUAGGAGGACAACGCUCAGCACAGAUGACAUCA